CUGCUUUUCUUUCCAUUCAGGUUUUUGAAGGUACUUGACUAACAGACUAUGAGGCAUGAAAAAGUUUUAAGGUGUUCAACUGCUUCAGGCUGAGCAUCCUCUUGUUCCUCCAGGUGGAUUUAGGCUUCCAAGAAAAAGCUUUCAGACAAUCCAAUGGCAGACCAAAGGAUGGACAUUUCCUCUACAAUUAGUGACUUUAUGUCACCAGACCCUGCUGACUUGAUUUCCAGUUCCCUUAGCACUUCAGGAGUGGAUUGUAAUCGGAAAAGGAAGGGAAGCUCUACUGAUUAUCAACUUGAUGGCUUUCCUUUUGAGGAAGGUAUGGAUACAGAUAAAGAUGACCAACAUGGAAGACUGGAGUAUGCUGACCAACAAGGGAGAAUAAAAAAUGCAAGGGAGGCUCACAGUCAGAUUGAAAAAAGGCGUAGAGAUAAAAUGAACAGUUUUAUAGAUGAACUGGCAUCUUUGGUACCAACAUGCAAUGCUAUGUCUCGAAAGCUGGAUAAACUCACUGUAUUGAGAAUGGCAGUCCAGCAUAUGAAAACAUUACGUGGUGCUACAAACCCAUAUACAGAAGCCAACUAUAAGCCUGCUUUUCUGUCAGAUGACGAAUUAAAACAUCUAAUACUCAGGGCAGCAGAUGGAUUUCUUUUUGUUGUGGGCUGUGACAGAGGGAAGAUACUGUUUGUUUCAGAAUCUGUCUUCAAGAUCCUCAACUACAGUCAGAAUGAUUUAAUCGGUCAAAGUUUAUUUGACUACCUUCAUCCUAAAGACAUUGCCAAAGUGAAGGAGCAGCUAUCUUCUUCUGACACUGCACCACGAGAAAGGCUUAUAGAUGCAAAAACUGGACUCCCAGUUAAAACUGAUAUAACACCUGGGCCAUCACGACUAUGUUCUGGAGCAAGGCGGUCCUUCUUUUGUAGGAUGAAGUGCAACAGACCUUCAGUGAAAUUAGAAGACAAGGAUUUUCCUUCAACCUGUUCAAAAAAGAAAGCAGACCGCAAAAGCUUCUGCACUAUCCACAGUACAGGAUAUUUAAAAAGCUGGCCACCAACAAAAAUGGGACUAGAUGAAGAUAAUGAGCCAGAUAACGAGGGUUGUAAUUUAAGCUGUCUUGUUGCAAUUGGUCGCCUGCAUCCUCAUGUAGUACCACAGCCAGUCAAUGGUGAGAUCAGGGUGAAAUCUACGGAGUAUGUUUCUCGACAUGCAAUAGAUGGAAAAUUUGUUUUUGUAGACCAGAGGGCAACAGCCAUUCUGGCAUACUUACCCCAGGAACUUCUAGGUACUUCAUGUUAUGAAUAUUUCCAUCAAGAUGAUAUAGGACAUCUUGCAGAAUGUCAUAGACAAGUUUUGCAGACAAGAGAAAAAAUUACAACAAACUGCUACAAGUUUAAAAUAAAAGAUGGUUCUUUUAUUACCUUGAGGAGUCGCUGGUUCAGUUUCAUGAACCCUUGGACCAAAGAAGUAGAAUACAUUGUCUCAACAAAUACUGUUGUUUCCACCAACAUACUUGAUAGCGGAGACGCAGCCUUCCCACAGCUUGCAGCUUCUCCACAUAGCAUGGACAGCGUGCUUCAGGCUGGAGAAGGUGGCCCAAAAAGGAGCCAUCCUACUGUCCCUGGAAUUCCAGGGGGAACAAGAGCUGGGGCAGGAAAAAUAGGAAGGAUGAUUGCUGAAGAAAUCAUGGAAAUUCACAGGAUAAGAGGAUCAUCACCAUCUAGCUGUGGUUCAAGUCCACUGAACAUUACCAGCACACCACCACCCGAUACCUCCUCCCCUGGCAGCAAGAAGAUCCUGAAUGGUGGCACUCCAGACAUUUCUUCAGCUGGACUACUAUCUGGGCAAAUCCAAGAUAGCUCUGGUUACCCAUAUUCUGAUAACUCCUCUAUUCUUGGGGAGAACUCCCAUAUAGGCAUUGACAUGAUUGAUAAUGAUCAAGGAUCAAGCAGCCCUAGCAACGACGAAGCAGCGAUGGCAGUAAUAAUGAGCCUUCUUGAAGCAGAUGCAGGUCUUGGUGGCCCUGUAGAUUUCAGUGAUUUGCCAUGGCCCUUGUAAAUGAUGCACCUUGCUUCAACAUCCAAAUAUCAAAGUGCAUUUACUGGUGGAGUUCUACAGUCUGUGAAACUCAUUGGAUGGAGAAGCUUUUAUGUAUGAAUUUCAUAAAAGCCAUAUCAGAAUGCAACUCAUUCUUAUCAUACGUAAUGUCAGACAAAGUGGAAUAACCCGCUACAGUGUUCCGUGUUAAUUUGGUUAGCUGUGUAUAGCUUGCAAUACCUGUAUAUUUUGGAUUCUGUUAUUUGAAUUUUUUUAAUCACUGUGCAACUCACUGGCAUCAGUGGUAGCUUUUAUAUGCAAAUGACCAUUUCAGAUGUAUGGUGUGUUUUUACACUGCAAAACAGUCCCCAUGUGGAUAUUUCUUAUACUAAUUGUACCAUAAAGCUGUUUAUUCUUUCUUGUAAGAAUCCUUUACUAUAAAUAUUGUUGAAGUGUAAUGUAUUAGACAGUUAAAUAUUUUUAAAAUAAAUGUUUCCCUUGUUCUAAGAUGGAGCAUUUACUUUGAUAAAUAAAUUUGAUAAAACCCUG